CCAGUAACGACUAUAUAUAUGUACCAUACUCUCACAUUCACUCCUAUCAGAGACUCAGUAUCUUACAACAACAUUAACAACUUAAUCGCAAGCAAACAUCAACUUUCGGGUUUCAUCACGGAUUCACAAGACCUCAAAUACUUACGAUGAUCGUUGCACUCGUUACUGGAGGAAACUCCGGCAUUGGCGAGGCUGUUGUCCGCCAAUUAGCCAAGACGCCUGAUUUCCACGUUAUUAUUGGGUCCCGCAAUGCAGAGUCCGGCUUGAAGCUAGCUGACUCCCUGAGCCAGGAGGGAGGUCAUUCUGUUUCCUCUGUACAACUCGAUCUCGUCUCUGAUGAGUCUAUCUUCAAUGCUGUCAAGCACAUAAAAGAUAAUUACGGCAGGCUCGAUGUCCUUGUCAACAACGCCGGUAUUCUCAUCGACCGCUCUCCUGACGCGUUCACCACCACUCGCGAUCUCUUCCGCAAAACUUUCGAGACCAAUGUAUUUGGUACGGCUGUGUUGUCUGAAGCAACUCUCCCACUUUUACUCAAGGCCGAGUACCCACGUAUCAUCUUCGUCUCCUCCUUGAUGGGCUCCUUGGAGGCGUCCCUGGACGAGAGUACCCCUUUCUACAGUAUCGACUACAAGGCUUACGAUGCCAGCAAGGCCGCUGUAAACAUGCUCGCGGUUAACUAUGCACGCUUGCUCAAAGAUGCCGGUGGAGCUUCUAAUGCAGUCUGCCCGGGACUGGUCAAAACGAAGUUAACUGGCUACGACGAUUAUGGUACGUCUGUUGAGAUUGGUGCCGAAAGAAUCGUCAGUUUGGCUACCAAUGGCCCGGGAGGUCCCACGGGGACUUUCUCAAACCGUCAAGGCCCCAUACCAUGGUGAAAGAGAUCCAAUUUCAGCCUAUCAAUCCAUCAUGGGUCUGAUUGGCGAUUCAUGUCACACAAAACGACACCGUUGACUACGGGCAGUUUUCAAG